AUGUGUGUAGAUUUCCGAGCCAUCAAUAAUAUCACGGGGAAGUAUCGACACCCUAUACCUAGAUUAGAUGAAAUGCUUGAUGAAUUACAUGGUUCUAGCAUCUUUUCUAAGGUAGAUCUUAAGAGUGGAUGUCACCAGAUUAGAUUGAAAGAGGGUGAUGAAUGGAAAAUUGCUUUUAAGACUAAGCAGGGUUUAUACGAAUGCAAAAGCUUAGAUGAACAUGUGGAACAUCUUAGAAAGGUUUUAGAAGUGCUUAGAAAGGAAACCUUGUAUGCGAAUUUAAAGAAAUGCACUUUUGGAACAGAUAACCUUGUCUUUUUAGGUUUUGUUGUGAGUGCAGAUGGAAUCAAGUUUGAUGAGGAGAAGAUAAAGGCAAUUAAAGACUGGCCAAGUCCAAAGUCUGUCAGUGAAGUAAGAAGCCUUCAUGGACUUGCGGGUUUCUAUCAAAGAUUUUUCAAAGUCUUUAGCACUCUAGCAGCGCCUCUCAUAGAGGAGAAAAGACCCAUUGCAUUCUUUAGUGAGAAACUUGGAGGAUCUAUACUGAAUUUUCCUACAUAUGACAAGGAGCUUUAUGCGCUUUACCUUAAGGGCAAACAGAAGCUGGAAAAAAGACAUGCUAAAUGGAUCGAGAUCAUUGAGACUUUUCCAUAUGUCAUCAAGUACAAGAAAGGUAAAGAUAAUGUGGUGGCUGAUGCAUUAUCUCACAGGUAUGUUCUCUUGAACUCUUUAGUGGCUAAACUGCUCGGUUUUGAACACACUAAGAGUCUAUACCCUACUGAUGUUGAUUUUAAAGAUAUAUAUGCUUCAUGUGAGAAGUUUGGUAGUGGGAAAUACUAUAGAGCUGAUGAUUUUCUUUUCUUUGAGAAUCGUCUAUGUGUGCCUAACUCUUCUAUUCAAGAUCUCUUUGUCAAAGAAGCUCAAGCAGGUGGACUAAUGGGUCACUUUGGCGUUCAUGUGAACGAUGUUACUUCCAAGCAAGCUAAGACUAAGAAACAACCCUACGGUUUGUAUACUCCUUUGCCUAUCCCAUUGCAUCCAUGGCAUGAUAUGUCUAUGGACUUUGUAGUUCGAUUGCCUAGGACCAAGACAGAAUUCGCUUAUAAUCAUGCUAAGCAUUCUGCAUCUCAGUUUUCCCUAUUUGAAAUCAUUUGCGGGUUCAAUCCCAUCUCACCUUUGGAUCUAAUGCAUUUACCUUUGAGUGAAAGAGUUAGCUUGGAUGGGAGGAAAAAGGCAGAGCUAGUGAAAAAGAUCCAUGAGAAGGCGCGUAUCAACAUCGAGAACAAGACUAAGUACUAUGCCAAACAUGCUAACAAGAACAGAAAGGAAAUGGUCUUUGAAGAAGGAGACAUGAUCAUCAAGAAGAUCAAUGAUAAUGCCUACCAGCUGGACCUUCAAGUGGGAGAGGAUGAUAUGAUCAAGACCCGCUUAGGAACUGAGGAUAUUAAUGGAGAACAAGGAGAGCAUGAACCAGAAUCUAAUGAAGACCAAGAACAGCUGAAACCCGAGGAAGCGAGUAUAGACGAAGAUAAAGACUUGCAUCUUCCGAUUGGUCCAAUGACAAGAUCAAGGGCAUUGAAGUUCAAACAAGCUUUCCACAAGCUAUUACACACCAUUCAGGGAAAUCUUGAGUGUGCUAAUCCAACUACUCUGGUUGUGAUACAAGCCUCUUUAGAGUUCAUCAAGAGAGGUGUUGUUUUUGAAGCAAUGGAUCCCAUGAACCAAAGUCCCUACUAUGAGGAAGGUUUCUACAACACUCCUCAAGCCAACAGACGCAGAGAAAACCAGUAUAUGCGCGAUAUCUCAACUUUGUUCGGAACCCUAAUCUGA